AAUAUUGUUAGCCGAAUGGAUCCUUUUGUUUCACUUUGGAGAAACUGGCGCCCCGAGAAGAAAAGCCUCCAAAAAUCUUGCCCUAAGUCUAACGACACAGUAACUAUCCGGACCAGGAAGUUCAUGACCAAUCGACUACUGCAGCGGAAACAGAUGGUCAUUGAUGUCCUUCACCCUGGGAAGGCAACCGUACCUAAGACAGAAAUUCGGGAAAAACUAGCCAAAAUGUACAAGACCACACCAGAUGUCAUCUUUGUAUUUGGAUUCAGAACCCAUUUUGGUGGUGGCAAGACAACUGGCUUUGGCAUGAUUUAUGAUUCUUUGGAUUAUGCAAAGAAAAAUGAACCCAAACAUAGACUUGCAAGACAUGGACUGUAUGAGAAGAAAAAGACCUCAAGAAAACAACGGAAGGAACGUAAGAACAGAAUGAAGAAAGUCAGGGGGACUGCAAAGGCCAACGUUGGUGCUGGCAAAAAGAAAUGAAGUGUCUAGCAGGUACUGAGAUUGUGAGCACGGUAAGGAGUAAAGAUUCUGCAGUGACUAUCUGUGGUGAUUGCAGAUUUUUCAUGAGGAUUAAUAAACUUGAGAACUUUUAUGUG